GGCGGAAUAGUUUCAUCGCGCAAAAGGAUGACUCCUGGUUUGUGAGUCUAGGCAGAAACAUCAUUUUGAAUCACAUGUCGAACUGUGACGUCUUCAUUAGAAGUUUGGAGUAUCGUGUCAAGGAAUUUGAUGAGGAAUGGGAAGAAGGAUUUAUUCAAGUGGUCGACUACAUCAAGAAGUCCCCAGACCUGUUCAAACAACUCAAAUGUGUUGAUAUUAAGCUAGGAAUUAAUUGCAUUCCUGAUCAAGAUAAAUCAGAGGAUCAUCACAAUAUACUCAAAACUCUGAAAAAGUCCAUAAUCCAUGGAGAGUCGCAUGCUAGGAAGGACUACGAAGAUAACGGGAUCCGCCUCGUCAUCUCUAACCGGAACUGUCCCGAAUUCUUGAAGUGGGUGAGGUCCUACUUAAUGGAGUCAGCGUACUUAAUCCUGCAUUUCUGGAAGAAUGGUUGGAACCAAUAGAUGAAGAAUUCAAGGCCUUAAUUAAUCUGGGAGGGUCAAACAGAACGAAAAAUGGCAAGUCGAUAUCCGUCAAGCCCAACGGAGAAAUUGGCAACCUGUUCGAGCAUUUCGUCCUGGGAAGAUUCACAAACAAAUCCGAAGGAUAACGAAAGGGGAGGGCUAGCAAACAUUUUUUGUACCAAUCUCCGGCGCUAAUUGGAAUGAUGGUGAUUGAAGUAUAGGAGAUUACAACGUAAGAAAGGCUUAAACUUUGGGCUUCAGGGGAUGUACCGGAUACAAAAAUACUCAAAUAAAAAAUCAUGGCGACAAUUCCUCAACCCAACGAUGGAGGAGGAGGUCCCUGCUUUAUCUGUGGGUUAUCCGACCUCGCCUCCGAAUCUCAGCCGCGUCGUCGCUACGCCGAAUUGACGACAAUCUUCAAAACUCUGGUCAUGACGACGGACCUCAGGAAAAAACUGGAUGGCUCGGUCUACUCAGAUUUUACGACGAAUAUCGAAUCCUGCGCCACAUGUUUGACCACAAUUAAAGAAGUCUGCGCCCUUCAUCAGGAAAUUGUUACGUUGCAAACGGACAUGCACAGACUUUUCGAGGGGGCGAGAGUAAAAUUGGGAAAGAUUCUGCCAAAAUUGGUGAAAAAAGUUACACGACAAACUAGUCAGAGAAACUGCAAGGUUAAUAAAAGAGCAAAAAUUGUGGAGGCCGAAGAAGUCGCAGAUUCCAGACUGGAUAGUUUUAACGAUGAGAUUGAAAUUAAGGAAGAAUGCGAAGAUUUAUUCUACCAGGAUGCCGAGAUAAUCCCAGAUUCGUCAAAACUUAUGCAAAUGGAUCCAUUAAGCUUGGAUGGAGAUGAUUCAACUUUUGAUGGACUAGAUACGAAGUAUAAGCUUGACAAAUACUUGACUGAAAACGACUUGAAAACGACUCCAAACCAAUUGUACUCGACUCUGACCUGGCUUUUCGUCGCACGCCGGAGAGACAAUUUUAUCGCCCUGUGACAAUGCAGUACAUUUCAAUUACGGAGUCACUUCUCCAACUUUUACGAAAACCUGGUUUCUUUGAGAUUCUUGAAUUAAACAAGUCGUAUAAUGGAGAUGUGUUUACUACGUUCCGCGAUGGAUUGCUUUUUAGCCAAAUGAAUUUCCCCAAAAACACAAUAUUUAUAAAUAUUUACUUUGACGAGGCUGAGGUAGCAAAUCCUUUAGGGUCGAAGGCUGGCAAGCAUAAGCUGAGUAACUUCUACUAUUCGAUUCUUGAUCUCCCAAAAUUUAUGUUGUCAUCGUUAGAUAAUAUUCUUCUGUUAGCAUCAGUGAAAAGCUCUGACAUGAAAAUUUCUUCAUCAAAUUCAGUUGUGCGAGUAAUAGUUGAGGAAUUAAUUUCGCUGUGGAAUGUGGGAAUUGAUUUUGACCUUAACGGGGUAAAGACGAAUGUGAAAGUUGCACUUGCUCAAUUAUCUGGGGAUAAUUUAGGCCUUCACUCCAUUUUAGGGUUUACAGAAGGUUUCACUGCCAAUUUUCCAUGUCGACGUUGUAGAUUACAUAGACAAGAAUGCCAGAAAUCUUUUAUUUUAAAUGACGCUAAUUUACGUACGGUAGAAAACUACACUGCUGACCUUAGGUCUAAUAACUUUUCAGCAACAGGAAUUAAUUUUGAAUCAGUACUCAAUCGGCCUCCAUAUCACCAUGUUACGAAGAUGGUAGUGUUCGAUAUCAUGCAUGAUAUAUUUGAGGGAGUUGGUAUGGAUUUAGUUAUUCUUUUACUUCAGCACUUAAUAAGUCAAAAAUUCAUGACCUUAGACAAAUUAAAUCACAGGAUUGAAUCCUUCGAUUAUGGUAGACAUUUCUGCAAUACCAAGCCUUCAAUUUCUAAACAAAGUUACCUUAAAGGUGAUUCCAAAUCUGGCCAGAAUGCUUCCUAAUCACUAUGCUUGAUAACGGUUUUACCUCUGCUAAUUGAUGACUUGGUCCCAGUCGGGAAUAUUCAGUGGAAUUUGUUUCUCACGUUUAGGGAAAUUUUAGAUAUUCUAAUGGCUCCAAGUAUCUCUAAGGGUGGUUUGACAUAUGUAGACUCAUUGAUUUCGGAAUUUGAAUUUUGUCAAGAAAUUGCUCAAGCCAAAGCAUCACCAUUUAUUGCAUUAUGCAAGUUCAAUUGAAUUGAUUGGACCACUUCGUUAUUUUUGGAGCAUGGCAUAUGAAGCAAAACAUAAAUUCUUUAAAACAAAUGCGCAUAUGACUUGUAAUUUUAGAAAUAUUGCCAAAUCAGUCUGUUAUCGUCAUCAACUGUCCCGAAGUUUUCGUCUGUUGUCUAAAAAUGAGUUCUACCAUAAUGAUUUUCAUUGUGAUAUUUACGACACAGUUCAAGUAUCGUCUUUGGAAUUCGAGAAUUUAAUUAGGGACAGAUUUAACAUGGAAAUGGUAAAAAUUUCUAACAAGGCAACUUUAAACGGGUUGGAGUAUCGGAUUGGUAGUUUUGUGUACUUGGGCUGCAGAGAAGAGGAACAGUUGUUUGGUCGAAUUGAAUUAAUUAUUUUGGAAGAUGGAGACUGUAGUAUAAUAAUUUCCGAAAUGAGUGGAGAGUAUGAUAACCAUUUUUGUAGUUAUGUUCUAAAUGAUAAAAAAUCUGUCCGAAUUAUUGAUAUAAAUGAUUUUGCCUUCUUCCUGCCCUUGUAUUCAAUGCAGUCGUUCAAAUUAAAUGAUUUAUCUAGUUAUAUGAUCCUUCCAAUUAAAUUAAUUUAGUCAUUAAUUUCCUAUGUACAAUGUUUAUUGGAUUAAUUUCUGAAUGAUUUUGGAAUUUAUGGGUGUAUUUAAAUUAAACAAUAAAGUAAGUGCGAAAAAAUAAUUUUGUAUUUAAUUUUUCAGACGUUUCACGUCAAUGUUCCUGAGACUGAAAAUUUCUCAUGUUCAUUUCUACAAGACGAAACUCAUUCUGAAGCUGGGAUUUCAAUUGAUACCAAUGACAUUUUAGACGAGAAAGAAGCACGUGAAAGGGGGCUGUGCUUGUCGCCGUCAAUACUAAAAUGUAGUUCAAAAAGCUCCAACUCGCAUUCAAAUCAGGAGGAAAUUAAAAAUAAGGAGUUGCCACCCGCUCCAGUCUUGGACUCACAAAAUUGUCAAGAGCUUUUAGUGCCGUCAAAUCUUGUACCAAUUAAAACCCGUUUUCCAGUAAGGUCACAAAUUGAUAACCAGGUAUUUGCUUCUCCGGGAGCAGCAGUAGCAAAUUCGAACAGUAAUGUUUCAAGCCAGGCGGGGACCGCUCCAAAUCUAAAAUAAAUUCCCCGUCAAUCUUCGUCACGUAGGAAUAUCUAUGGAUUUGAUAUAAACGAGGUCCUUCAGAAAUCUACUUCUUUACAAAAAAUCGUCGCCACCAAGAUUCCAGAGAAUUUAAUGAUCAUUAAAGCAGAUAGGCAACUUAUUGCAGCUGUUCUUAUCGAUGUUGUCAUUUUGCACCAUGGAACCCGUGCAGUGUGGACGUGUGUGCCUGAGCUCCCGAUUUUUCGUUCUUCAACGGAUUUUUUCUCGCCGGAUUUUCGAGUGGGUGUUUCCCGUCUUUCCCUCCUGAAUCAACAAGGUAAGGUAACCAUUUUUUACGAGGGUGGGCAGUUUUUCCACGUAAGAAGGAUGUUUUUGCCACAAGAAAAAUAACAGUAAAAUAAAAUCUCUGAGCAACCUUGAAUAGGUACGGGAAUUGGUGCCUAUACGGCCCAAAUAAAAUCCCGAGGUGUUCCUAUACGGCCCUCACCUAGAUUCUAAUUAGAAUUAUUAUGUCGCAGAAUUAUGACAACCCCAAGAGCAUCCUGGGAUCUUAAUUUAUCAGAUGAAUCUGAUAAUGAAGUUGAGAAUACGGCAAAUGUGAAUUCUGAGGCGAAUGCUUUUGCAAAUUUGUUCAAUGGAUCAGGCGAGAAGGGAAUUGAUAAUGUGGCCCCUUUGGAUAGUGAAAUUCAAGAUUUGUUAAGGGAUGUGGAGAAAUCAAUUGAAUUUGGGCCGGAGAUAAUGGCUGAAGUUGCUGAGGGCUUUAAUAAAACAAUGUGUCGUCCACUAUCAAAAGAGACCUCAGACAAUUUGAAAAAUAAUUUCAAGAUCCCAAUCAAUUGUAAACCGUUUGUUAGUCCAAAAAUGAAUCAAGAGAUUUGGUCACACCUCCCAGGGCCGGCUCGUUUUAUCGAUUUAAAUAUGCAACAAAAUCAAUUCUCCCUUGGAAUUGGACUCAAUGCUUUGGCACAAAUUGCAAAUGAAGUUGCGAAAAAUGCAAGCAAUAUACCAAAAGAGGUGAAGAUUUCCAUUCUUAAACUUGCAAUUGACGGGGGAAAUAUUUUGGGUGACCAAAUCCAAUCAAUUUCCAAAAAGAGACGACUUGAAGUAAAAAAGCACAUUAACUCUGAAUACCACGGGAUAUGUAACUCGCAGAUUCCAGUCUCAGAAUUUCUCUUCGGUUCCGAUCUGAACGAAACCUUAAAAGCUUCCAAAACUGCAUCCAAUGUUAUUCGCAAGUCAUUUACUCGUCAAGGACAGAACCAACGUCCCCAACCUUAUUUUAAUCCUCGCAGUUCUUUAAACUUGAAUCGCCCAAGGCUCUUCACUCCCCAGAGGCAGCAGUUCGGGCAGCAACAGAGGGGAGGAAUGUUUCCACGUCGACGUUGGCAUACAAACAACUUUCUUCAACAAUCAACUCCACAUUAUCAAAACCAGAGGAAGUAGCAAGUCAUCAAGCUAAUAAAAAUCAGGCAGGUCAACUAAAAUAUUUUGUUAAUGAGUGGCAAAAAAUUACUAAGGAUAGGUUUGUGUUAAGAACCAUUCAGGGAUAUAAAAUUCCAUUCGAAUCUGAGCCACAACAAUUAUCUGAGCCUAAUAAUCCACAGAUGAGUGAAACAGAGUCCAAAUUUAUUAAUGAUGCGAUUUCGGAAUUAGUUAUAAGUAGCGCAAUCAAAAUUUCUGAAGAAGAAGCUGGACAAUUUAUUUCACCAGUCUUCACAGUUGCCAAAUCAGACGGGGGCCGUCGAUUUGUUUUAAACUUAAAGAAACUUAAUACUUUUAUUUUUGCACCGCACUUUAAAUUAGAAGAUAUUAGAAUGGCAAAACAGUUAGUUAGUCCAGGGUGCUACAUGACGGUGAUUGAUCAGAAAGAUGCUUACUAUAUGAUCCCAAUAGCUCUCGAAUCUCAAAAGUAUUUAAAGUUUCGAUGGAAUGGCGUCCUGUACGCAUACACUUGUCUUUGUUUUGGUUUGAAUUUGGCCCCCUGGUUAUUCACAAAAAUUAUGAAGCCAGUUCUAGCUUAUUUACGAUCAAGGGGAUUUCAAAACGUGAGCUAUUUAGACGAUUUAUUAACAAUAGGAAGAACUUUAGAAGCUUGUCUUGUCAACCUUCAGUUCACAAUUAAAUUAUUUGAAGAGCUAGGAAUCAGAAUAAAUUUUAAAAAGUCUCAAUUAAUUCCUUCUCGUGAAGUUAAAUUUUUAGGAUUUGUAAUUUGUUCAAUUGAUAUGAACUUAACCCUUCCGAUAUCAAAGAAAAACAACCUUGUACAAAAAAUAAUUAAGUAUUUGUCUUCCAAUUGUAACACAAUUCAUAAGUUAGCUGAAAUAAUUGGUAUUUUGAUUUCUGUCUGUCCAGCUGUGAAGUAUGGUCAACUUUACACACGACAAUUAGAGAUUGAAAAAACUUUAGCACUGGAAAAUUCAAAUAAUUCAUUUUUGGCAAAAAUGGUGCUGUCUAACGAAGCUAUUAAAGACCUAAAUUGGUGGUUAUCACACGUACAGUCAGCUAAAAAGGGGUUAAGGAAAGAUUCGUUUGACUUGAGGAUAACAACUGAUGCAUCACUCACAGGGUGGGGUGCAGAAUGUAAUGGUCAAACGACGAGAGGUUUUUGGUCAAUAUUAGAAAACAGGUACGAUAUCAAUGAGUUAGAAAUGAUUGCACUAUUUAAUGGAUUGAAAUGUUUUUCUGGUGCCAAUAAGGAAAUUUUGUGCCGUACCGAUAACACUACCACCAUUUCAUACAUAAAUAAGUAUGGUGGAUGCAAAUCUAUAAAACUUCACGCGAUUGCCAAGUCAAUUUGGCAGUGGUGCGAAGAAAGACAAAUAACAAUUUUUGCAUCGUAUAUUAGCACAAAAGAUAAUUUUGUAGCCGACGCUUUAUCUAGAGAAAGCGUUGACGAAUUUGACUUCAUGCUUAACAGUAGUAAUUUCAACUUAAUUAAAAACAAACUUGGUGAUCCGAAUAUUGAUUUGUUUGCGUCCAAUUUAACUCGACAGUGUGACUGCUUCGUAUCAUGGAAGCCUUCUCCAGGUUGCGAAUGGGUCGAUGCAUUUACACAACCUUGGACAACAUAUUUUUACGCAUUUCCUCCUUUUUCUCUUAUUCCUCGAGUUUUAAAUAAAAUAAGAAUAGAAAAGUGUGAAGGAAUUGUCGUGGCUCCUUAUUGGCCUACUCAGGCCUGGUUCCCACUAUUCAAUGAUAUGAGUAUAUCUCAAGUAAUAAUAAUUCCAAAGAAUAAAAAUGAAUUAUUUUCUCCUUAUUUGAAUAGGGCACAUCCCUUGAGUUACCAAGUGACAUUGAUGGCAGCUAUAUUAUCAGGACAGCAUUGAUUAAAUUAGAACUUCCAGAUCAAGUUAUAAAUAUUAUUAGAAAAUCAUUAUCACUAAGUACGUGGAAGCAGUACGAAUCGUCACUUAAAAAAUAUGUAAAAUUUUGUACUGAAAAGGGUUACGAUGUUUGGAAAAUCGAUAUCUCCCAAUAUUUAAAUUUUUUAUCAUCUUUGGUUGAAUCUGGUCUAAGUUACAAUUCUAUAAAUACUGCUAGAUCAGCAUUGUCUACAGUUUUUGGAAUGAAUAGCGAUAUAAAUAUAGGAGAAAAUAAAUUAAUAUGUAAGUUUAUGAAGGGGGUGUACAAAUCCAAGCCCCCACUUUGUAAAUAUAAUGUGACCUGGGAUCCUUCUUCUAUUUUAGAAUUAAUUUCCCAAUGGGAUAAUAGUACUAUAAAUUUAGA